AUGAAGAAGAUUCGAAAAGAAAACAUACAAAAAGGAAGAAAAGACCAGGAUAAUAAGAGAAAGAGGAAAAACAUUAUAAUAGCAGUAAGUAUAGCCAUGUUUAUUACACUGACAGUUUUUGUGAUAUUGAAAAAAGUUGGGCCAAAGGAGUUAAGAAUGAGUAAGAGAUCAGAAGUGAAAGAAAAAUCAUUAGCCGUACCUAGUAAAAAGCCAACAGAUAUGACGAAACCAACAGACAAAACAAAAUCAACAGACAAAACAAAAUCAACAGACAAAACGAAAUCAACAGAUAGAACGAAACCAACACAACCAUCCAGAGGUUAUAUUCCAACAAAGUUUUCUGACAAAGAAGUUGCUGUGAUUGACUCUAGCAAAAUAGGUGAGCUUCUUGGUGCAGGCGGCACAAAAAAGGUUUAUCAGUAUGGCAAGCAUCAUGCAAUAUCUUUUUUGUCUGAACAAGAAGUUAGAUCAGAAGUUCGAGUAAUAAAGAAACUAAAGGAAAUGGGACUUGAGACACAGAAUUCACAAAUGGGUAAAUUGGAAAAGGAUGAAAAAGUACACUGGGCAUUGAUAAUGGAGAGUUGGGCCGCAAUGGAAAAAAGAGGAUUACAAAUUCGAGAUCGAAAGAAUCCAGGAUCAAGAUAUGGAACAUCAAUGAUAUUUGGUGGUCUAGAAAACCUGAAUGUAGAAAACAUGCAGAAAACUUUGUAUUUAAUACUAGAUGAUGUGUACAAAUUGAUAAUAAACGGAAUGUGUUUUGGGGUUGAUGCAUUUAGCCUUGUGAUAAAGGACACAGAACAAACUGAUGUGUCUGAUAGGAAGGAAUUCAAGGUCUAUACAGAAAGGAAACAGGAAAUCAAACUAUUUUUCAGUGAUUUUACAGACAUGGAUGAUUUUGAUGAGUGGAGACUUAAUAUUUUGAAGAAGAUGAUAAAGGUUGGGAAAUCCGCCGAGUCUCCAGAUGGAUUCAAACUUUGUGAAAAAACCAUAAAUGACUACAUAACGCGCAUAUAUAGAUGGUGCUGCGAUGAUUGUAUUGCUCAUGCAAUGUCAGAUGAAGAAUUAGAUUUGAUUGAACCAGACAAAAGAAAAGUUUAUAAACAUACGGCAUUUGAAAAGAUCAAAAAUGAAGUAAUGACAAUAGCACAACCUGAACUACAUACCAGAAUUUGUAACUAUUUCAGGUUACAGAAUGCAGAAAAUAGAGAGUUCAGAGAGUACUUACUUGGUGGUUCAAAAGCUGUUGAUUAA